ACCCGUAAGAGUUGGGUUUGACCAGAGCCAAGAGAGGAUCUUACCCGGGCUCCACUUGUCCACGGCUCCUCCUCCUGUCGCUGUCAGCGAGAUUCCUGGGACUCAGGCAGAGUUAGUGCUGUGCCGAUCCGAAGCCAGGAGCCAGGUGCUUCCUCCUGGUCUCCCGUGCAGGUGCAGGGUGCAAGCACUUGGGCCAUCUUCCACUGCACUCCCAGGCCACAGCAGAGAGCUGGACAGGAAGAGGAGUAACCGGGACAGAAUCCAGCGCCCUAACCAGGACUAGAACCCGGGGUGCCGGCGCCAUAGGCAGAGGAUUAACCAAAUGGACCACACAUCCCCGACCUACAUGCUUGCUAACUUAACCCACUUACAUUCUGAACAACUCCUGCAGGGCUUGAAUCUUCUUCGUCAGCAUCACGAACUCUGUGACAUCAUUCUUCGAGUAGGUGAUGUUAAAAUUCAUGCUCACAAAGUGGUGCUUGCCAGCAUCAGCCCAUAUUUCAAAGCUAUGUUCACUGGAAACCUUUCCGAAAAAGAGAACAGUGAAGUUGAAUUUCAAUGUAUCGAUGAAACUGCUCUGCAGGCCAUUGUGGAAUAUGCCUAUACGGGGACUGUUUUUAUUUCUCAGGACACAGUUGAAUCUCUCCUUCCAGCAGCCAACCUACUCCAGAUAAAACUUGUCCUUAAGGAAUGUUGUGCGUUUCUUGAAAGCCAGCUUGAUCCUGGUAAUUGCAUUGGAAUUUCUCGUUUUGCAGAGACAUAUGGUUGCCAUGACCUUUAUUUGGCAGCCACUAAAUACAUAUGCCAGAAUUUUGAAGCUGUUUGCCAGACUGAAGAGUUUUUUGAGCUUACACAUGCUGAUUUGGAUGAAAUUGUCUCCAAUGACUGUUUGAAUGUAGCUACCGAAGAGACUGUUUUUUAUGCACUGGAGUCUUGGAUCAAGUAUGAUGUACAAGAACGCCAGAAAUACUUAGCACAGCUACUAAAUAGUGUACGAUUACCUUUGCUGAGUGUUAAGUUUCUCACUAGACUCUAUGAAGCAAAUCAUCUUAUUCGCGAUGACCGCACUUGCAAACAUCUUUUGAAUGAAGCCCUAAAGUACCACUUUAUGCCAGAACAUAGACUGUCUCAUCAGACAGUCUUGAUAACACGACCUCGCUGUGCUCCCAAAGUACUUUGUGCAGUAGGUGGAAAAUCUGGACUGUUUGCCUGUUUGGAUAGUGUGGAGAUGUACUUUCCUCAGAAUGACUCUUGGAUUGGCUUGGCACCACUAAACAUUCCUCGCUAUGAAUUUGGAAUAUGUGUUUUAGAUCAAAAAGUGUAUGUUAUCGGUGGUAUUGAAACUAAUGUGCGUCCUGGAGUCACGAUCAGAAAGCAUGAAAAUUCAGUAGAAUGCUGGAAUCCUGAUACAAAUACCUGGACUUCUUUAGAGAGAAUGAAUGAAAGCCGAAGUACACUUGGAGUAGCAGUACUUGCCAGAGAACUUUAUGCUUUAGGUGGUUAUGAUGGACAGUCUUAUUUACAAUCUGUAGAGAAAUAUAUCCCCCAAAUAAGAAGAUGGCAACCUGUGGCACCAAUGACCACAACAAGAAGUUGUUUUGCUGCAGCUGUGUUGGAUGGAAUGAUAUAUGCCAUUGGUGGGUAUGGUCCUGCACACAUGAACAGUGUGGAGCGUUAUGAUCCAAGUAAGGAUUGCUGGGAGAUGGUUGCAUCCAUGGCAGAUAAAAGGAUUCACUUUGGCGUUGGUGUCAUGCUAGGCUUUAUUUUUGUAGUGGGUGGACAUAAUGGUGUCUCACAUUUGUCAAGCAUUGAAAGAUAUGACCCUCACCAAAAUCAGUGGACUGUGUGUAGACCAAUGAAAGAACCCAGAACAGGAGUGGGUGCUGCAGUUAUCGACAACUACCUUUAUGUAGUCGGAGGUCAUUCAGGGUCUUCCUAUCUGAAUACAGUGCAGAAAUAUGACCCUAUCUCAGACACAUGGCUGGAUUCAGCUGGCAUGAUAUACUGUCGCUGCAACUUUGGAUUAACUGCACUUUGACAGGUGUGACUACUUGGAAAUAAUGUGAUGGUGAAACUUGUACCGCAUGAAAGGAUGCCCAGCUUUCUGAAACCCAAAAGCUGCAUUGCUCUCUUUUUAACUUGAAGUGGCAUGAAGACUUAAAGUUCUGUUGGGUUCUUCCAAUUCACAAGUAGUUAUGGUUGCUCUUGAUUACACAGUAAAACAAUAAUCAAAAAGAAAAAAGACAAAAAAAAAAAAAAAGAGGAAAGACCCUGCCAGUUUAAUUGUGCACUUUUUUCCCUUACAACUGAGCUACACUAAUAUUAUGUUCCUAAGUGUACAUGCAGAGAAGACCUCGCUGCUUGUUUUCUAUUUUUUAUUUUAGCUUUUCCUCCUUGAUAUAUACCAUGAUUUACUAGGAUGACAGAGGCUUUAGAUGUUGUAGUAUAUGGAGUGACUGGACAGAGUACUGACACUGCCUGUUGGAUGUAAAUUCAUAUGUGUUGCAUUUUUUAAAACAAAGGGCUGCUUUUCCUUUUGGUACUUUUAAGGGUUGUAAACAACAUAUCAUAGUGAGUCAUCUGAAUACUCUUCCUACUAAGUGGUUUUAGGGCUGGCCUUUUAAUAGGUUUAUAUGACAGUUGCUUUUACUAACAUGAUAUUUGGGGUCCUAUUUUAAGAAGUCAGAUAUUCACUGUGUAUGCCUUUUAUAUAUUGGGAGGUUAAUGCAGGAUGAUUUUAGUUACUCAUCUACAUUAUGAUAAAUGUGGAUAGAAAGAAUUAAUAAGAUCAGUUAUUUCAGUUUUUCUUUAGUAAGUAGUAGAGAGCAAGCUUCCCAGUGUUGAUGUAAGUAUUUAAGAUGUGUUUCAGUACCACCCUUAGUGCAUAUUAGUUUUUUCAUAUAUCAUUAUAAUAAUUUUAAUUUUUAAGAUUUUUGUUUGCUUUUUCAAAGUGUUCAGAUAAAAAUGGUGCUAAUUGUAGGAUUUAUAAAAGGCUAUAACUGAUGUUCUUUUGGAUGUUCACUAUGAGAUAUGCAUGACAGAUUUUGGUAGUCUUUUUCAUUUUUACUGGUUUGAUUCGUUAGUGCUUAUUAAAAAUGUCUGUGAUUACACCAAUGUUAACAUCCAAAAAUCACCUAAAUGGCCUAUGUUAUGCUUUCAUGGCUCCUGAAUAGUGAUUUAAAGAAAGAUACAUAUUUUGAUCUUCUUUCUUCUUGUGCUUGAUGUUACACAUCUUUCUUAAAAACAGGAAUAUAUGCAUUAAAUAUCAAGCACUUAGAGGCAGUUAUGCAUUACUUUGUACAUUUCUUAGGUAACUUUAUAUUUCGAAGUUAUUGAGGAAAACUGGAACUCGAUGUUUACUUGAGUAGUGGUUCUAAAUUUGGUUCUGCUUUAAUUGGAGAAAGUCUUUUAAAGCAAAAUUGUUUGCUAUAGCCAAUGAUAGCUUAUUUAAAAGAUCAGUUAACUUAUUUUAUUUUAGCAUGUUUUAAUAAAUGUCUAUUAAACACAUUAGCUUGCAUUUUAAUAUGAUGUUGGUACUUGUAUUUUGGUACUGUAUUCAUUUUGUUUUCUUGAUUUUUUUAACUUGCCCACUAUCUCCUUAUAAAGUCUCUGCAAGACCAGUGUAUAUUUUUUUCCUAACAAAACAUUCAUUCUGCAUUCUUAAGUGCCAUAAUGUUCUAAACUAUUGUGAAGAAGCCAUUUGUAAUUAUAAAACAUAGAUUCAUUUUUUAGAAUAUAUUUUACUUCUUGGGCAAUUUAUAGUUUUCCUGUUCUUCCAUAAAUUGCCAGUUAUGUAUUUGAACAUAUACUAUAAAACUAUGUAAAAUCAUAUUUAGUCAUAAGAGUAGUAUCAUGCAUUAUGAAUAUUUGCACAAAUUAUAAAACCUUGCAGUUUUUACUCUCUUCUAAUUUAGAACUCAACAGGAACUAUUAAUAAAAUCAACAGCCUGAUUAUUUUCUAUGUUGCUUGUUUGAAUAACAUAAUGAUAUAUAGCAAUAACUUUUUCAUUGAUUUCAAUAAAUCUGUUGAAUAGAAAUAAGGUGCACUAUUGUACUUGGCCUACACAUUAAAGAAAAGCAAUUUAAAAUAGAUCUCAUAAUAUACUUCAUUUUAAAUCCCUAAAUGAUUUUCUUUGUUUAUAUCCAUAAAAUCAUUAAAAUCAUCCUAUUCUAGUUUUAAAGUCGUCUCCCAGAAGACAAGGGAAUUUGGAAAACUGUAGAAAAUUAUUUUAAUUGUAAACACAUCUAUACUGUACACUUUAUUUUAAAAUGUUUUAUUUGCAUCUUGUCUCUACUGUCCAGUUAGUGUAAAAUACAUAAUCAUUUGGCAGAUUAGAUCAAAAUCAUGCACUGAUUAUUGAAAAAUCUAAAUUUCUUCUUAGUCAAGACUAAAUGUGAAACAUCUUGGGCAAUAGUAGGAGCCAUAUACCAGUGAACAACUUAGGAAAACUUGUGAAGGGAAGAGAAAAAUCAUUCAAAAUUUAAAAAUAUAUUUAUUUUAGGAUUUCUAAACCUACUAUAGUAUUCAAAAUAACCAGAGCUUCUAAUAUGACCUGACAAUAAGUUUACAAUAGGGCAUUCUCUUAUAAUUUGAGAAAUUUUAUUGUAAAUAUUCUGCUGAAAAAUUGUGAAUUUAAAGUCACUUUUUUAUGUUAAAAAGGAUCAAAAUGUUUGCUUAUAAAUCCCCAGGGUUUAAGGUAUUAGAAAGUAAUUACAUUUAUUUAGGCAAGGAAGGGAAAGCUGUUUUAUGGUUGCCCAGAAAUAUUCUAGAAAAUAGAAAAUAACAGCAAUGGGGACUAGAAAUUAAUCAGUUGUAAGAUAAUUGCUUUCUAUAAUUAUGUUACAAAGACUUAACCUGUUAGGAAUAUUUGACUUUAAUAUUUGUUGGAUGUAAUAAUAUAACUUAACUGAUUUUAGAUGUAACCCAAAGGAUAUUUACAAGUUCUAUAUGUUAAUGCUAAAAUUGUUUUAAAUAUAAGUGGAUAUUAAAUUGUAGGGAGUGGUAUCAAGCUAUAGGAAAAUGGCAUUGGGUUAUGGAAGUUAAUAGUUUGACACAUACAGAGGGCUACUAUAUGUAUAACUAAUGUGCUACAUGCUGCAAGAGCUAGAAAUACCAGUGAGAUAAGCUCUUUUCACUCAGAGGGUAAAAUAUAGUGUGAGAGACCUGUACCCAAGUAACUGUUAGAGUAGAAGAUGUAUCUAAUUCCUUAUCUCCAGUAUCAUAAGAAGUGUUUAGAAACUUAGUCUAUAUAUAUAAACAAUUCUUUAGUGUUCAAUUGAGUUUUAAUGGCAUGAAUAAGAAUUAUGAAAAACCUAAUGUUUAUAGAAUUCCCAAUUUUCUGGAAAUGGAUAAUGUAUUUUCAAAUAGAAAAAUAAAACUACAGAAAUUAAAAAACAGCAACUAUUUCUUAGUGUCAGAGCUCUGGCUAACAUCAAAGGAAAUACAUAAAUGUAUAUAGUAAUGCUAUAUUUGUUUUCAGUUUUGGUAUUGGAUUCCUAGUAUUGUCACCUAAGUGCUCAUUUUCAGGAAAAUCAGAUACUAUGAUACACUUACUGCUUAAAGUUGAAUAAACUUGUGAUAACCUCUAUAACCUCUGUAAUUUAAAAGGUAAGCAAUUAUAACAUGUCACAUGUCAAGUUAACAUCCAGUUCAACUUCUUAACUGUUUUUUCCCUUUGUAAACAGCACUUUAGUUAGACAUGAUUUAUUAGAUGGUGACUAUUCUGUGGCUGGAUACAUAUUGGACUUUCACUUACAGUAUAUUUAUUCAGUGUUGAGACACAUUUGAAAAAAGUAAAAAAUACAAUACGUUUCAAUUAUAGGUUUACAAAUUUUCUUAUUGGUGUGAAUAUGGAGUAAAAUAAAAAUCCAGUUUACAUCUCUGCAGAGAGAAAAAUUGUUAUCCAUAUGUCUUUUAUAUUAUAUAUAUUUAACUAGAGGUAAUUUAUUGUUAAUUUUGUCAAGUUAUCAUGUGUAAGUCCCAUUUAUUUCAAAAUACCAAGCAAAAAGUUCCAAGUUUGCCUUAAAAUACAAGUGAAAUUAAAGAACUGGAUGAUAAUGCCUAUAUUUUUGCCUUAUGAAUUAUGCUGUACCAUAAACCAGAGAUGGUUUUGAUUUUAACAGGAUUCUGAAAUUUUGUAGAUGUAGAGUACUAAUAUUUGUACUCUCUUGCAAAGAAUGUCAUCUAGUUGUGGAUUAUGUUACUAUUUAAAUGUUUUUGUAUCUGCAUUUUACCUCCAAAUAUGUACCUUUUUAGCAUCAGGGUUUUAUUUUUUUAUUUUUGUUUACAUAGUAAAGUGGCAUUUAUCUUGUUGAAGAUUGUAUUCUUUUGUCUUUUAUUUUAAAAGUUCUUUGUUUAUAUUAUUGUGGUAAUGUUCUGUAAUGAUUAUAGUUAAAUUUCAUUUAUUGUGAAAUGUUUAAAAUAAAAUUGAAAAAUUUAAA